AUGUUGAAGUCACAGGGUGAUGUCAAAAAUGACGAUCUCUGUCGUUUGGAGGAUUUUGAAGUUUACAAGAUCGUGUUUCAAGAACACCCACUUGAAUUCUUGGACUAUACAUCAGCUGAAGUUAGUGAAAAAUCAGUUCUUGAUUCUUUAGUUCAAGAAAAAGACUCUGCCACUGCCACAGAAAAUUCAGGUGAAAUGGAGGAGAAGACAUUGGAAGAGUUCUUCGAAGAAAUAGAUGAGUUUGAAAGCGAGACUUGGAAUAGUGAUAAUGUGGAAAGGAAGAAAAUGGAGGCAUUGGGCACGAAGGUCGAUAAAGUUGUUGAAAAACAAAAAGAAGAAAUGAUGAUGGGAAAUGGAUCCAAGGAGGCUGUUGCUGCUGCUGCAGUUGAUAAAGUGAAAAAGUCACAUUCUUGGAGAUUUGGAGAAAAUCUUGAUUACAACAACUCUAAAAUAAUGGAGCCGAAUUUGGGGAGUUAUGGAUCUAUGAGGAAAGAAAAAGAGUGGACGAGGACACUAGCAUGCAAACUUUAUGAGGAAAGGCACAAUGCUAAUGAUAGUAGUAGUGGUGAAGGGAUGGAUUUGUUGUGGGAAACUUAUGAAUUAGACUCAACAAAGAGCAAGGUCAAAAGGGAUAAUAAUAACAAGAAGAAGAUGAAGAAGAAAUCAGGAGAGUUGAAGAGCUACAAAAAGGAUGAAGAAGAUGAAGAAGAGAUGAACGGACAGUUGUGUUGCUUACAGGCUCUCAAGUUCUCAGCUGGAAAGAUGAAUUUAGGUAUGGGAAGGCCUAAUCUUGUUAAGAUUUCUAAAGCAAUUAAAGGGUUUGGAUGGCUACAUCAUGUCAGCAAGAAAAACAAGGUCCAUUGUGGAGAAUGA